GGGACACAGAGAGAACGAUUUGUCGUUAUUCGCUGUUACCUGUUUCCGGCUUGUUGCUGAUUGGUCGUUCGAGUCGCGCCAGUUCGUUUGCUGCGCUCUGUGUCCCGGCUGUGGUGAUUUUGGCGCCAGGAGGAUCUUUGGUACUGUUCCUGACACACAAUAUUGCAGCGGCAGCAGCACGGCAUGGCAGACUCUGGGAGUUUUGCAGCUUCCCGCUCACGACGUGAAAAAACGGAGAAGAAAGGGCGUAAGGAUGCCUUGGAACGAUUGAAGAAGGUGAAAGCUGGUGAAAAAGUUAAAUAUGAGGUGGAGGAAAUGACAAGUAUUUAUGAGGAGGUAGACGAGGAAGCUUACUCAAAGAUUGUCAGAGAACGGCAGGAUGAUGACUGGAUAAUAGAUGAUGAUGGGACUGGUUAUGUGGAAGAUGGAAGAGAAAUUUUUGAUGAUGAUCUCGAGGAAGACGUGCAUAUUGAUAAAAAAAAAGGAGCUAAAGAGACAACUAAGGGCAAAACAAAUGUGAAAAAAUCAUCUGUGUCUAAACCGAACAGCAUCAAGUCAAUGUUUAUGGCCAGCGCUGGGAAAAAAACUACAGAUAAAGCCGUGGACCUGUCAACUGAUGAUUUACUUGGUGAUUUACUUCAAGAUUUGAAAUCACAGUCUGCACACAUUACUCCACCACCAAUAAUUACAUUAAAGAAGAAGAGGCCUGCUGGAACACCACUUAAUCCUUUUUCAUUACCGACUGAAGGUCCAUCUUCCAGGGCUUCUGCAAGCUUAAAAAAACGACCUCAUGCAGCAAAGCAUGAAUAUAUCUCUUCCCCUCUUCCUAAAGCUGCCUGCUAUUCAUCUUCUAAAAAUGUGGCGAUUAAACAAGAGCCAGUUAAUACAUUUAAAUCAAGUGCUACUGAAAACGGGAGCAUGAUUAAGUUGGAGGAAACGUCAACAGAAGAGGAUCAAGGAAUGGUUGAGUUUGAUGAUGAUGAUUUUGAUGAACCAAUGGAUGAGGAUAAUGUGGACAUAAAAACAAAACUUGGAACGACUGUGAAAGAGGAACCACAUUUUAAAAAGGAGGAGCACGAUGAGGAUGAUAGGAAAACCUUUGUAGUUUCUACUGCUUCUGGAGACUCUUGUUGGGACCAAAUGCCAGAUGAGACUGUAUCCGUGACAAAUGAGGUCCAAGUAGAUUCAAGCCUACUUCCUCUAGUUACUGGUGAAGAUGGUGAUCAAGUGUUUAAAUUUUAUUGGCUGGAUGCUUAUGAAGACCAGUACAGUCAGCCAGGUGUUGUGUACUUAUUUGGCAAAGUCUGGAUUGAAUCUGCUGAAGCCUAUGUCAGCUGCUGUGUAAGCAUAAAAAAUAUUGAGCGAACCAUCUACCUUCUACCACGUGAAACUAGAGUAGAGCUGCCAUCAGGGAAAGACCUUGGAAUUCCAGUGACAAUGAUGAAUGUUUACCAGGAAUUCAAUGAUAGGAUUGCAGAUAAAUAUAAGAUCAUGAAAUUCAAAUCAAAGAAAGCUGAAAAGAAUUAUGCUUUUGAGAUUCCAGAUGUCCCAGCCAGCUCAGAAUAUCUAGAGGUUCGAUACUCGGCAGACUUGCCCCAACUUCCUCAAGACCUAAAAGGAGAAACGUUUUCACAUGUCUUUGGAACAAAUACUUCAAGCUUGGAGCUUUUCUUGCUUAGCCGAAAGAUAAAAGGGCCCAGCUGGCUAGAGAUAAAGAACCCACAGCUUAACAGCCAGCCUAUUAGCUGGUGCAAAGUUGAGGCAAUGGCGACCACUCCUCAUCUAGUACAUGUUGUGAAAAACGCAUCCCCUCCUCCAGUUGUUGUUAUGUCUAUUAGCAUGAAGACUGUACAGAACCCAAAGACUCAUCAAAAUGAGAUUAUUGCCCUGGCUGCUCUUGUUCAUCACAAAUUCCCUCUGGAUAAAGCGCCGCCUCAACCCCCCUUCCAAACUCAUUUCUGUGUCCUCACUAAACCCAGUGACUGCAUUUUUCCAUAUGACCACAAAGAAGCAGUGAAACGAAAGAAUGCAAACAUUGAAAUUGCAUUAACUGAGAGAACUCUGCUGGGAUUUUUUCUUGCAAAAAUACACAAAAUUGACCCAGAUGUUAUUGUGGGUCAUGAUAUCUAUGGGUUUGAUCUAGAAGUACUGCUGCAGAGGAUCAAUUUAUGUAAAGUUCCAUUUUGGUCCAAGAUUGGUCGUCUUAGACGGUCGGCUAUGCCAAAGCUUGGGGGUCGCGGUGGAUUUGCUGAAAGAAAUGCCGCUUGUGGCCGUUUAAUCUGUGAUGUUGAGAUUUCUGCGAAGGAGCUGAUCCGCUGUAAAAGCUAUAAUUUGUCAGAACUGGUCCAUCAUAUACUAAAAGCCGAACGCGUUGUUAUUCUGCCAGAGAAUAUUCGCAACGCUUACAGUGAUUCUUCACAACUUCUCUGCAUGCUAGAGAGCACCUGGACAGAUGCCAGAUUCAUUCUGCAGAUCAUGUGCGAGCUGAAUGUUCUCCCCUUGGCCUUACAGAUCACCAAUAUUGCAGGAAAUGUUAUGUCAAAUACAUUGAUGGGUGGGCGCUCCAAGCGAAAUGAGUUCCUCCUGCUUCAUGCUUUCUAUGAACAUGACUUCUUAGUACCUGACAAGCAGGUUUUCAAGAAGAGUCAGCAGGCUGUGGUAGAUGAUGAUGAGGAUAUGGCUGUAGAUCAAGAUAAAUACAAGAAAGGUCGGCGGAAGGCUGCAUAUGCUGGUGGUUUGGUUCUGGACCCUAAAGUUGGCUUCUAUGAUAAAUUCAUCUUACUCCUGGAUUUUAACAGCUUGUACCCCUCUAUCAUACAAGAAUAUAAUAUAUGCUUUACCACAGUACAUAGAACUGCUGCUAAUGCCCGGAAUCGGAAAGAGGGUGAGGAUCAAGAUGAAAUUCCGGAGCUACCUCAGUCAGAUCUCGAGAUGGGAAUCUUACCUCGGGAGAUCCGAAAACUAGUGGAGAGAAGGCGUCAUGUCAAGCAAUUGAUGAAACAGCCUGACCUUAAUCCUGACUUGUACCUGCAGUAUGACAUCAGACAGAAGGCUUUGAAGCUAACCGCCAACAGCAUGUAUGGUUGUUUGGGCUUUUCCUUCAGCAGGUUCUAUGCCAAGCCAUUGGCUGCUCUGGUCACUCACCAAGGGCGAGAGAUUCUGCUGCAUACCAAGGAGAUGGUGCAGAAGAUGAAUCUGGAAGUUAUAUAUGGUGAUACAGAUUCCAUUAUGAUAAACACUAAUUGCAACAACCUUGAUGAAGUCUUCAAGUUGGGAAAUAAGGUCAAAAAUGAAAUAAAUAAAUCGUACAAACUCCUGGAGAUUGACAUUGAUGGCAUUUUUAAGUCUCUCUUGUUACUGAAGAAAAAGAAAUAUGCCGCUCUCACAGUUGAGCCCACGGGUGAUGGUAAAUACAUCACUAAACAGGAACUCAAAGGUCUUGAUAUCGUUAGAAGAGACUGGUGUGAACUUGCUAAAGUAGCAGGGAAUUUCGUGAUCAGCCAGAUCCUUUCGGACCAGACCCGAGAUAACAUAGUAGAAAAUAUUCAGAAAAAACUUAUGGAAAUUGGAGAGAAUGUGGUAAAUGGCAGCACACCCAUUAGCCAGUAUGAAAUUAAUAAGGCUCUUACAAAGGAUCCCCAGGACUAUCCUGACAAAAAAAGUUUGCCACAUGUGCAUGUUGCAUUAUGGAUAAAUUCACAAGAAGGAAGGAAGAUGAAAGCUGGGGAUACUAUCUCCUAUGUUAUAUGUCAGGACGGGUCAAAUCUUAGUGCCAACCAGAGAGCAUAUGCUCCAGAACAGCUGCAAAAGCAAGACAACCUUUCCAUUGACACACAAUACUACCUGUCACAACAAGUCCACCCAGUAGUGUCUCGAAUCUGUGAGCCCAUAGACGGGAUUGACUCUAUGCUUAUUGCUGCUUGGUUAGGCCUUGAUCCAUCUCAGUUCCGGGUUCAGCAACAUUAUCAAAAAGAUGAGGAGAAUGAUGCUUUGCUGGGAGGUCCAGCUCAGCUAACUGAUGAAGAGAAGUACAGAGACUGUGAACGGUUCAAGUUUUGCUGCCCCAAGUGUGGAAUGGAAAACAUCUAUGACAGUGUUUUUGAUGGAUCGGCCCUACAGAUUGAGCCCAGUUUGUUACGCUGCAGCAAACCAGAGUGUGAUGCUACUCCUUUGGAUCAUGUUUCUCAGAUGAACAAUAAGCUGGUUUUGGACAUAAGACGACACAUUAAAAAGUACUAUAGUAAAGAACUUUCGGUAUCUUGUAAUUUUAUUCCAGAUUUACUCCUAAGGCCGUUUUGUGCCUUCUUUUUGUCAAAUACAUGCAGUAAACAUUGUUUAAUUGACAUUAUCCACAGUUACAUGAAGGGUUGGCUAGUAUGUGAAGAACAGACCUGCCAAAAUAAAACACGUCGCCUUCCUCUAAAUUUCUCUCGCAAUGGACCGAUUUGCCAGACCUGUAUGAAGGCCACUCUUCGACCAGAAUACCCAGAGAAGGCCUUGUACACACAGCUAUGUUUCUACCGGUUCAUCUUCGACUGGGAAUAUGCACUGGAGAAGGUUGUUUCAGAGCUGGAGAAAAAUUAUCUGAAGAAGAAGCACUAUCAAGAGGCAGAAUCUACAUACAAGAAGUUAAAACACACUGUUGACCAAGCUCUUUCCCGCAGUGGCUACUCAGAAGUGAAUCUCAGCAAACUGUUUCAGACCCUCAGCACUAUGAAAUAGGACUAUAUCUUACAAAGCGCCUUCAGGUGAUCAGACUGGGACAUUUUUUUUUUAUUUUUUUUUAAUGAUUGAGACAUUUUUUUGAAACUACAGCUAUUCCUUUUGUUUGGUACUUUUUAAGUAUGACGUGUUCUAUAUUACAGUCCAGCUGUGCAUUGCAGGUUAAUAUUACUCUUGUAAUACAUUACACAUUCAGUAAUGAUUUGCCACAUUAAGGUUUCUCUGUUAAAAUUUCUAUCAAUCCGAUUCUCACAGCACAUUAUAUUUCCUUUGUAAUGAGUCGUCCACAGAGACCUGACAGAUAAAAGGACUGCUACUUUAAUUGAAUAAUUCCCAGCAAGAGUGGCUGCAGUGUAAGUGAUCCUAGACUUUGCUGUUCAGUAUUUAGUGGAGGUGCUUUCAGCAAACAAGGUUACAGAAGGUCUCCAUGGGAGCGCUAAUGUUUUGCCUUUUCACAGUUUAUCAGCUUCUAAUCACAAACAUGCUAAUUAAGAAAAAUGACUCUCUACAUGUACAUUCUAGCAUUUUAUUUUUAAACCCAGAGGUGUAGUAUAGCCUAUUGCAAGAAAUUGUAUUUCUGUAGUCUUCCAGUUUGUCCCAUUUCAUAAUGAGAUUUAUAUAUAUAUAUUGUAUUUACCAAUUUUUAAUGUUAAUACAAUUUCUGGUAUGUGUUAAUGCAGAAUUUUCUUAAGCAACACUUUAAAUAUGGAUUACUCACUGUAGGUUUAUAUUGUUCCAGAAGUAGAAGUGUUCUGUUGUUGGGGGUUUUUAUACAAUGUAAGCAACUUAAAUAAAGAAGACUUUUGAAUUGU